AUGCCAGUCAUCGCUGGACUCCAGAGUUCUGUGAUGGUGCCAUCUCUUGAGGAUCUUGACUUGGAGGAGAAUCAGGCGAAUGAGUCUGGACCACACCCUGUCUUUUUCUCUCUGGACUAUCAGCACGUCCAAGUACCCUUUGAAAUAACUUUGUGGAUCAUGUUGGCGUCUUUGGCCAAAAUAGGUUUCCACCUUUUUGAAAAAUUACCCUCGGUAGUCCCUGAAAGCUGUUUACUGAUCUUUGUGGGGCUCAUCAUGGGAGGGAUCAUCUAUGGCCUGAAUGACAAGUCACCCCCUGUCAUGGACAGUGACAUCUUCUUCCUUUAUCUUCUGCCGCCCAUCGUCCUAGACGCAGGCUACUUCAUGCCCAGCCGUCCUUUCUUUGAGAACAUUGGGACAAUUCUCCUAUAUGCUGUGGUGGGAACAAUCUGGAAUGUCUUUGGGAUUGGCUUCUCACUCUACGGGAUAUGUCAAAUGGAAACCUUCCAGCUCCGUGAUAUAUCAUUGCUCCACAACCUCUUGUUCAGCAGUCUGAUUGCCGCUGUUGACCCUGUUGCUGUCCUGUCAGUGUUUGAAGAGAUACAUGUCAAUGAAAAGCUUCACAUUUUGGUUUUUGGAGAAUCUCUCCUCAACGAUGCCGUAAGCGUUGUGUUGUACAAGCUCUUCCGAUCCUUCUGCGAGAUGCCCUCCAUCAAAACAAUGGAUGUAUUUGCAGGAAUUGGGAAGUUUUUUGUGGUCGGAAUAGGGGGGGUCUUGGUUGGCCUCUUCUUCGGCAUGAUAGCUGCCUUCACGACACGCUUUACCAAAAAUAUCCGAGUGAUUGAGCCCCUUUUUGUAUUCCUCUACAGUUACUUAUCCUAUCUCACUGCAGAAAUGUUCCACCUCUCAGGCAUUGUAGCAAUAAUUGCUUGUGCAAUGGGCAUGAAACGUUAUGUGGAGGCCAAUAUCUCCCUGAAGUCACAUACAACCAUUAAAUAUUUCAUGAAGAUGUGGAGCAGCGUCAGCGACACCCUCAUUUUCAUCUUCCUCGGGGUCUCCACCAUUGGCGACAACCAUGAAUGGAGCUGGCCGUACAUUUGCUUCACCGUAAUAUUUUGUCUUCUUUGGAGAGCACUAGGAGUUCUUGUACUGACCUUCAUCAUAAACCGAUUACAUGUGAAUACUGUUACUUCCAAGGAUCAGUUCAUUAUUGCAUAUGGUGGACUUAGAGGUGCCAUCUGUUUCUCUCUGGUUUUCUUGCUCCCUGACUUUCCAAGGAAGAAGCUCUUCAUUGCAGCCACAACUGUUGUCAUACUCUUUACUGUGUUUGUGCAGGGCAUGACCAUCAGACCCCUAGUUGACUUGUUAGAUGUUACUAGAAAACAAGAAAGCACCCCCACUGUGGGAGAACAGAUCCAUAUUCGAUUUCUGGAUCAUUUGUUGGCUGGCAUAGAAGACAUAUCAGGACACUGGGGACAGUAUUACUGGAAAGACAAACUGGAAUACUUCAAUAGCAAAUACCUCCAGAAGUUUUUGCUCCGGGAAUAUGCACAGCCCAAAUCAAGCAUUGUGCUUCUGUAUGAGAAACUGGAGAGGAAGCAUGCUAUUGAACUGGCUGAAGCUGGUCAGCUCAUCUGUGGCCCAUCUCAUAGCUCGUUGCUGUAA